AUGGCACGCGAUUCUUCACCCCCCGAGUCACCGCUAUCAUCGACGUACGAAUCGGAAACAUACGAAGAUGGCGGCCAUGAGUUCGAUGAAUCUACACUGCGACCCUCAAAGCGCCAACGUCUCGAGGCCGGAUCAACAACAUCAUCAGCAGUAGUCCCUGAUGCUGAACCCGAAGCCGUACCAGAGCCCGACCCUCUCGAGGGCAUGUCCGACGUCUCUUCUGACACUUCAGGCGAUAUUCCCAGCUCCCCGAUCAAUGCGCGUCUUGAUGAAGAGGAUUUUCAAGAGCAAGUGACAAAAUGCGACUGGGAUGGUUGUCCAGCUGGCGACCAGGGCAACAUGGAUAAAUUGGUCGAGCAUAUUCACAACUCUCAUAUUGAGAACCGACAAAAGAAGUAUACAUGCGAAUGGAUGAGCUGCACCAGAAAGGGAUUGCCUCAUGCAAGCGGCUAUGCGCUCAAGGCUCAUAUGCGCAGUCAUACGAGGGAGAAGCCAUUUUACUGUUACUUGCCUGAGUGCGACCGAUCAUUCACGAGAUCAGAUGCGCUGGCCAAGCAUAUGCGAACAGUCCAUGAGACAGAAGCUCUCCGCCCCUCCGACCCAGUUCCGAAGUCGAUGCAAUCCGGGCCUCAGGGCAAGGGAGGCAAGAUCAAGAUUAUCAUGAAGACCAACCAGCAAUCGCAAGGUCCCCACGACGACAUGGAUGAUAUGAACGGUGACGAGGCCAACGCUGAAUACUUUACACCAUUGACGGAGGACAUUUUUACCCCCGACGAACUUCAACUCCCCGUCGACAAGCUCUAUCGAAAGUGCUACUGGGAACACAAGUGGGCUGAGGAAAUUGGCGUGUCGCUUACAAAAGAAUGCAAGGAGUGGGAGGAUAUUUACUUCCAGGAGUGGCGUGAGAAGGAAGUACUUCUGCAUCAAGUCAUCAAGAGCGAAGCCAACUGGCACGAGCGACGACAGGCUAUUCUUACAGGUGCUGUCGAUGUACACGUUCCAGGAACCGUCGAGAGUGUGGAAGGCGAGAAAACCAACGGAACUCAAUAUGAGGAUCAAAGCACAGCAGCCAGUGGGAUUCAGGCGCCUGAAAUUGAGGUGUAG